UUUAUCCCGCCGGUGGUGCGCGAACUGAACCGAAGUUGCAACUUCGGAACAGACUUCAAAGUGCUACGUGCGCGCGAGCGAAGGAACUCUUCUCCGUCUCUGUUUCACUCUGUACACAUUCGGCUUCGUUCCUGCUGAGUUAGCCGAUCGAGAAAAAGAAGUAAAUAUUUCCUUAUUGAGCACUGAUGGCUGUCAAAGGAUUAAUUUCGGCGAUUGUUCAGUUUUUGACUGAUCAAUUGCAAGAUGGGGACAUAACUGCUGACUCCCGUGAAAGUUUAGAAGUGGCAAUCCAGUGUCUGGAAAGUGCUUACAAUGUGCAAGCUUCUGAUGCUCCGGCAAAUUUUAAUCUAUAUCAAGUUUAUAAGAAUACUGUGGAGAACGCAGCGUCUAAUUUAGGCCCAGAAGCUACAGCAGAAUCAAAGGCUGAGGCGGAAAGAUUGAAAAAUGAAGGCAAUGCACUUAUGAAACAAGAAAAACAUCACGAAGCACUUGCUAACUAUACAAAAGCAAUACAAUUGGAUGGUCGCAAUGCAGUAUAUUAUUGCAAUAGAGCUGCUGUUCACAGCAAACUUGGCAAUCAUGCCUUAGCCAUUAAAGAUUGUCACACAGCACUUUCCAUCGAUCCCUCAUAUAGUAAGGCAUAUGGUCGGUUAGGCUUAGCAUAUUCUAGUUUGGAGAGGCAUAAAGAAGCUAAGGAAAGUUAUGAAAAAGCUUUAGCAAUGGAACCAGAUAAUGAAAGUUAUCGAAACAAUUUACAAUUAGCGGAAGAGAAAUUGGCUCAAUUAGGUGUCAAUCAGAAUCUGCCUAAUAUGCCUGGUGGUAUGGAUUUGAGUGCUCUUCUAAGCAAUCCUGCUCUAAUGAAUAUGGCACGUCAAAUGUUAUCCGACCCAACUAUGCAGAAUAUGAUGUGUAAUCUUAUGUCCGGCAAUGUGGAGGAAGGUGGUCGUAUGGAAGUACUCAUAGAAGCAGGUCAACAAUUGGCACAGCAAAUGCAGAAUGCGAAUCCUGAAUUAAUUGAAUCGCUAAGACGACAAAUGGGCGGCAAUCCGAACGAUCCAGAACCACCGCAGCAAAAUUAAAAUAUACGACUGAUUAUAUCAUAGGAUUUGAACAUUUUAUGAACAUCAUUUUAUUUCUCACUCGUUACGAGACAGUGCAUCGUAUCGUUUUUUAAAAUAUCACGAGGUGAGACUUAUGGCUUCAAUGGCAAUUAUUCUGUCAUCAUGUUUAAAGCAAAACUAACACGAAAUACCAUAGAAUUCUUUUCAUAAAUUAGUAAUCAAUUACGGGUGCAAAAUCAUGUUUCUGGGCUUUUCCUCUUCUGUUUCUCUCAUUUUUCUCUCUUCUUUUUUUUUCUCUCCUUCCUCCCUUUUCUCAUUCUAUGUAAUAUUUUUUAUGCAUACAAGAAUUGAUGGAAUGCGACAAAAUAUUUUUGUCGCAUUUUGACAAUUUGAAUAAUUGUAAGCAACUUACUCCAAUUUACUAUAUUACUCAGAAUAUUGUUUCUCAGAUCGCAUUUGAAUGCUGAAUUGCACUUACAAAUUUAUAUAUGCAAUUUAUAUAAUGCAAUUGUUUACUAUAUGUCCUGAUUAAGUGAUUGAAAAUUUGAUUAAUACAAAAUAUAUGUAUAUUUUAUUGA